AUGACGACAUAAGAUAAUAGACAAAAAUUUUGCAAAAAAAACAACACACGGGAAAUAUCAAAAUUUUAAAGAAAUUUAAUUCAAGAAGGAAAAUUAUAUUGCUGCUUUUGUUAACAUAAAAUUUUGACUAAACAACGCAUAGUCAUCAAAAAUACAAUAAUCUUCAACUGAAUUCUCUACAUAUAAGUGGGAGCAUCACAUUUCUGAAACUUCGCUUGUAUUUAAACAGUCAAUUUUUCGAGGAAGUCAGCUGAAAGCAAAAACGAUGGUGAAACUCUUUGCACUGAGUAUUUUUUACAAAGGUUCUGCGGAAGCUCGUCUAUUAAAAUCUACUUACGAUUUACAGUCAUUUUCAUUUUUUCAACGGGGCACAGUUCAAGAGUUCAUGACUUUUGCAUCAAAAACCAUUGUGGAGCGUACACAACCCACCAUGCGUCAGUCAGUAAAGCAAGAGGCCUAUAUGUGUCAUGUGUACGUACGUGCCGACAAUUUAGCUGGCGUAUUGAUUGCUGAUCAUGAGUAUCCGCAGCGCGUUGCUCAUACGCUCAUAACAAAAAUCUUAGAUGAGUUUAGUGCGAAAAUUAGUGCGGACCGUUGGGAAACGGGGUCGGAUGGAACUAUUGAUUUUAAUACUUUGCCUGCAUAUUUAGCCAAAUAUCAGGACCCAAAAGAGGCAGAUGCGUUGACUAAAAUGCAAAACGAUUUAGAUGAAACUAAGAUUAUACUAAAGAAUACAAUUGAAGCAGUGCUUGAGCGUGGCGAAAAGCUAGAUGACAUGGUAAUUAAAUCAGAAAACCUUUCAAUGCAAAGUAAAGCAUUUUACAAGACAGCCAAAAAGACAAAUUCAUGUUGCAAUUUUAGUUAAGUGAUUUAGAUAAGCUGAAAUACAUACAAAUAUCAAUUUUCGCGGGUGAAAAAAUUAUUAUUUUUUAUUAAUAUUUGAAAACGUAUGUAUGCUCGAUUAUUUUUAUUUAAACUGUAAUUGCUUCGAGCGCUGCUUUUUUGUUGAAACCAAAUGGAGAAAUUAGUUGAAGAGAGACACAAAGUAAAGCGAAAUUAUGUGAGCAAAGAGCGUACAAGUAAAAGUAAUUCACAAAUUCAUCCCAUUCCAAAUUAUUGAGUUUGAUUUUAUAAAUUUAUUGUUUUGUUCUGAAAAAUGCGAAGAAAGAAGUUGGAGAAAUGCAAACACUCUUUUAGCGAGUGACACUGAAAAUGUUGAAUAUAUUGUCCAAAUACUAUUUGUUUAUAUACAUAUGUAUUUAUAUUGCAUGUUUCUUUAUAAGACAAUUGAUGAGAUUUUAGGUAACAACAUAUAUCUAUACAAAAAAUUAAACAAAUAUUGGUAUGUACAUAUAUACUUUUGGUUAAAUAAAAUAGGCGAAGGCAAGUUGAACCACCUGCACUGCAAACACAUGCGUUUUCACAAAAGGCUUAACAAUGCCGGAAAGUAUUUUAUGAAAUAAACAUAAAUAAUGAUCCAGAGAAGUUUAGGGAAGAUGAUGUAGUUGAUUUUUUGGCACCGGUAAUACACUUAGUCAAAAACUGAACUGAGUUCGCCCUGUACAUUAUGUAGAACAUCUCACAUAAAAGACAAAAUGCAGCAAAACUGAACUGCCUACUAUUGCAUUCAUACUUUAUACACAUGUAACAUUUAUAAUAAAAAGUUUUGUAUUUGAAUAUAUUUUUAUUGAACCAGUAUUGCACAUUUUUAGAAAAAAAAUAUUUGUUUACAGCAUUAUAUGAAAGAAUAGCAAGGAAUAGCAAUUACAUAAAAAAGUAACGAAAUGAAUUCUAUCGAAUAAAUAAAUGUUUGUAAUUAUUGGAAAGUGUGAUUGAAGAGAGUAGGUUAUGCGGGUUAGUUAAAAUUUAAAUUUUCAAUAUAAUUAUAGUUUUUUGAGUUUCUAUUAUACGAGUUAAAAGAAUAAAACUGUAGUUGCAAUUAUAUGCUUAAUUUUAUCUAAAAACCAUUUCUUAUCCUUAAAAUGUAUCUUUGCAUUUUUAUAUGAAAUACUGUUAUAGACAUUUAUUUUUGUGUUUAUGCCUUAAAACUUGUACUUGCAUAUGUACAUAUGUACAUAUAUCUUUUGUUACGAAGAUAUUUUAGUCACGGUUUUGCUAAGAAAAUUUACAAAUAUAUACAUAUAUUUGAAAACAUAAAUUCUCACAUAUAUACAUACAUCUAUGUAUGUAUGUAGUAUAUAUACAUAUAUCGUGUAGCUAUAUUCUACACAUAAACGAAUAACCCAACCGAUAAAAAUUAAUAAUGUAAAAUUAUUACUAUUGUGGCUUGAACUUAUUGUUGCAAGUAUCGGAUAUGAAAAAUAUGCAAAUACUCGUGUUCCUCUAAAUGUUACUUGUGAAAAUAAAAAAAUAAAUAAAUUAAAAAUA